AUGGAUGUGGUUGAAGUCCAGACCGGUUCGCCAGUUGUUGCUGGUUCGGAGGUUUUGGACGAUAAUUGCCCACCUAGCUGCCCUAGUGUGCCCCUUCGCACACCUCCACCUCUUUUUCUGCCCUGCGCCCUUCACACGGGAUCCCUCAGCGAAUCCGACCCAACACCGAAACACCCCAAGUCCAGAGCCCUUGCAUUUCCGAGACUUCAGACGACGAACAAGCGAACUUGCUCUAAACUCGCCGUUGGUACCUGUGGCCGCUUUGCAAGCAUCACACAUCUGCAAAUUGACGCCCGUAGUCCACACAGCUGCAUACCUCUACAUAAUCGGACGCUACAAGUCUACCGUCUCCCUAGCUCUACGACAGACGGACCUCAAAAACCACACCCAUCCCCCGCCUCGACAGCACAACUAAAGCAAAGCAUUCCCGCCCGUCCAAGACAGUCCGGCCAGCCCUUCCCUUCGCUGCCUAGUGCUCCAACCAGACUCGAACCCUGGCUCUGCUACCCCCUAUCUUUUCCUUUACCUCGAGCCAUGACGGCGAUCAUGUCGCCAGCCUCGUCUCCAGCGACCUCUCCGCCCGCCAUCACCUCGGCCUCGACUUCAGCCGCUCAUCCCCCGCUUCCUCCGCUCAUAACCUCGCCGCCCGCUCGCAGGAGCACGCUACCGCGGCCAAUGUCGCACGCGUCCAAGAACCGCCUGUCGCAGUACUCGACUGUGAGCUCGAUUCCCUCCCGCUCCCGGCCGCCCUCCCAGCUGUUCCCCAUCUACCCAUCCAGUCUGCCCUAUACGCUGGUGCGAGACUUUGCCUACCCCGUGGGCCAUCCCAUGCACUAUGGUCCUCCACCGGAACCUUCUCGGCCACCCUCGGGCAUGACUACUCCAGCCAGCGAGCAACGGCGCCUAUCCGACCCCCCGACAUCUUGGGAUCGUCAUAGCUGGGAUAACUCAUGGAGCAGCGACGGCUGGGGAAGGGCGAACGAUCUUCCCCCAAUGCAGUUCGCUGAUGGCCCUCCGUGGAGCGAGGAUGAAGACCUUCAGAGCCCUGUGGUCAGUUCGAGACACAAGAAGCACAAGUCAGCUGGCGGCAGUGGCGGCGGCGGCUAUGGUGCGGGAAGGAGUGGCGGUGGUGGUUCGGUCAUGAACCCGAGCAACUACGACCGGGAACGGGGUUACUACGUUGGCACCAGUGGUGAUGGCAGCGAGCGCUACUACGUGAACCAGGGAGGCGAGGCCAACGGGCCGGGCGGCGAGUACGUGACGUAUCCGGCCGACCAGGCGCGUCACAGCGCAUAUCAGGUUGCCGACCAGCAGCCACGCCAGUACGAAGACGAUUACCCAUCCGACUUGGACGACUCCAGCCCUGGCGGCUAUCACGAGACGGACGAAUCGCGUUAUUCGCGCGACUACCAGUUUACAAUCACCUCUCCCGAUGAGGAGAUGCACGGUAAGGCCGUGGCGCUGUACGACUUCCAGCGGGAAGACGAGAACGAGUUGCCUCUGGUGGAGGGUCAGAUCAUCUGGGUGUCGUACCGACACGGACAAGGCUGGCUGGUUGCGGAGGACCCCAAGACGCAAGAGAGCGGUCUUGUGCCGGAGGAAUACGUGCGGCUGCUACGCGAUAUUGAAGGAGGUAUGAAUAGUCUCACCGGCCAGCUUGCCGAAAGCCCUGUUAGCCCGGUGGAAGCGGGAACACCAACUCAGGCGGAACAUACAGCUACUGCCUCUGGCGCAUCAUUUGGCCACACUCCCACACAAAGCCAAAGCUCCAACAGUGGUGGCGGAUCUGGUAUGAAUGGCAACAACACCAGCUCGACACCAAGCUCAAGCUCCAAUACGAAUGGGUACGGGCACAGCCACUCUGGGUCUGAUUACAAGUACCAUCAGCCGGUCCUAUCAACCUUCUCAACGUCAAGCAAGGACCUCGAUCCCUAUCCGCAGCACCUUUUGGGAACACAGGCUGGCCAAGCCCCACCGCAGGUCGUCCACUAUCAUGGACAACGGGGCGGCAGUCAAGCGAACACGCCCACGAAUCUAUUUCAUGAUGCCGGUUUGAUGCGCCGCGGCAGUCAGGACACUGUCGGCAGAAACGAGAGGAAGAGUGGUGAGCAGGGGACAUUGGAGACUCUGCCUGGCGCAAGACUGGAAAAGACAUCGAAAGAAGGUGCAAUGGAAAACCAGAGUAUCAGCGAAGAGGCUGAGCCAGAGGUUGAGACGGAUACCAAGGCCCAAAAGACAGGGGAAGCGGAAGCGGAAGCGGACAGGUGA